AUGAGAAAGUCGAAGGCAUUUGUUCAGAAGUGGGUACAGCGAUAUAAAGUGGCUAAAAAUGUCGAUGAUUUACCAGAACGUGGCUCGAUAGGAAAAGUGGACAAAAAAGAUGAAGAAAGAAUAAUUAAUUUGUUUUCACGGAAUUCUGCUUUAACGCUGCGGCGAGAACAAGCAAAAUUAAAGGCAAAAGGUUUAGAUAUUACCUAUGAAACUAUACGAACUCAUCUCCGUACACAUGACCUGAAAUGGCGCAGCACAAUUCAGACACCUUUGUUGACUGAAAAACAUGUCAAAAAACGACUCGCUUGGGCGCAUGAAAAUAUCGAUACAGAUUUUAGUAAUGUAAUUUUUACUGAUGAAUGUUCUAUAUGGGCACUUUGUAUCCUCAUGCGAGCCUGGUCAUCUUCGACCAAUAGGCUUGUUCAGCGGACCGUAAAACACGGAAUAAAGGUGCAUCUUUGGGGCUACUUCUCAAAGCAGGGAUUCGGCACUUUGUACCUUUUUACCGAUAAUCUUAACGCCGAGAAAAUGUUAAAAAUCUACAAAAAGGCUUUACUUCCAUGUGCCAAACGUUGGUUCAUCAAAAGAAAUGAAGAUUGGAUUCUGCAAGAGGACAACGAUCCUAAACACCGCAGUAAGCUCUGUACGGAGUGGAAGGCUCAAUCUGGCAUCGUUACAUUGGAUUGGCCAUCACAAUCGCCCGAUGCAAACUCGAUUGAAAAUGUGUGGGCAUAUAUUAAACAUAAACUUCGUGGAAGACGUACACAAACUUUGAAGUUGUCAGUAGAAUACGCCGUCAAAUUAGUAGAAAGUAUGCCUCGGAGAUGCCAGGCAAUUAUAGACGCCGGUGGUGACUCGACACAAUAUAAAGUUAGAGAGAAACGCUUACAAUGGUACGGCCAUGUUCAAAGAAGACCGGAAGACCACAUGGUCAAAAUAGCAUUAAACUUACCAACGACGAAACGGAAACGUGGACUGCUCCCCCAACUCUUGGUUGACGAAUUGUCGGUAAAUGACAUAAUAUCGCAUCUUGAAGACAACGAUGACGUAUUGUCAGCAGAUAUUUACAUAACACCCCCAGAUAAUUACGACAAAAGUGAUGAAGACAGUGGAGAUGAGGAGUCUUCGAACAUAAAUCACCUGUCCAGGCAGCAGCUCUUAGCACAGGCUGAGUUUAGGGCUACUGUAUCUUCACAGUCUAAUUUAGAUAUUAUAGAAAGCGUAUCAAAUGAAGUUUCUAUAGAUAAUAAUACACACGGCGACUUAUCAGUACAACCACCGGCAAAGAAAAAAAAAUGUCCAGCUACCCGAAAGUGGAGGAAAGUAGAUAUUCCAGUGAAGACAGAGAAAACAUCAGAGCCACCACAUUUCUUAGAACACCUAGAUACUCCUGUUCACUUUUUUGAACUUUUUUUUGACGAAGACGUUUUUGAAUUGAUUCGCUCUGAAACCGAAAAAAAUGCUAUUCAAAAAGGUUACCACAAUUUCAAAGUUACAACUGAGGAAAUAAAACGAUUUAUAGGGAUUCUCUUGCUGUCUGGUUACAACAGUGUUGCUAGAUAUCGUAUGUACUGGGAGCAAAGUGUUGAUUGUAAUUUUCAAGGGGCAAGCACAGGAAAUACCCACCCAGAACUUGGUGUAGGUGCUUCUGUUGUUUUAGACCUCAUAUCCAAAUUGCCGCCCGGUACUUACAGCUUUUAUAUGGACAACUAUUUUACAUCUUUACCCUUGUUGGAUGAAAUAAAAACAUUAGGACACGAUGCGACGGGAACGGUUAGGGCAAAUAGGGUAGAAAAGGCACCCUUGAAAGAAGCGAAAGAUAUGAAGAAAAUGAGCAGAGGGUCUUUUGACCAGUGUACAGAUACUCUGACGAACAUCACCCUCGUACGUUACAAUGACAACAAUAUUGUUACCGUUGCCUCAACCGAAUGUGGUGUGGAGCCUUUAGCUAAGAUGAGAAAUUCUAAUCAAAAGUGUAGGCGUUUCGGUCAAAAGAUUAGUAGAGACAAGUCACUGAAGAACAAUUUUGAGAAACUUGUAUCAACACUCGAAGUUAUGUGUGACCCCAGAAGCAAUAGAGAAAACGUCGAUACAAGAGAAGCAGCAUUCACACUCUUACUAGCUUUGUGUGACUUCAGUUUUUUAUGCCACCUCUCUUUUUGGUGUGAAAUCCUAGAAGAAGAUAAUCAGGCAACCGAAAGAUGUGAUGACUUUGAUAUUUCCGUUGAAAGAAGAGGAAGAAGGAGAUUUCGAAAACAAAUCUCAGAAGAAAUGUCCCAAGACGUUGGAUUAACAUUGCCAGAUGAGUUGCAUAGACCUAUGUUAGAAUAUCUUGAGCAUCGCUAUAAAGCAAUGGAUGUCAUUUUUAUAACAUUUGGUGUUGUUCAGUCUGAAACUCUACUUAAGACAACCGAAGAAGAACUUCGUAAUAUACAUAUGUAG